GCGCGCCAAUGUAAUGGGAGGGCUAGAACACGACGGAAAUGUACAGCCCUAGAGAGCUGUGAAGAGCGCUUGUUUGAUCCUAGCGCUAGCACGGAUCAUAGUAGCAGCAAGCGCAGCUUUUGGAGGAUCGUACCAUCCGCGCAACGUAACGGCGGGCAGAUCGAUCCCAUCGCGACUCAAGGGGAAUUCCUCGUUUCUUAGUGACUCUCAUCUUAGGGUAUGUGCGGCAACGCAGCGCCAUAGCUUGAUCCUCGUGCUUAUGCAGCGAUUACGUCGCUAGGACGAGAGACUCUUCCGUCGUCGUCCACUCCUUUUCUUUCUUCCGGGCUGAAUUAUUUGAGAGAAGAUCUUGGGAGGCUCUGUUCCUUUCCAUUCUCUCUGGAAAUAUUUCGACUCUUCCCAGUUCUUGCGAUGGAUUGAGCGUCGGAUCCUCGCAGAUUCCCGGCCAUGGCGACCGACACAGCAUCGGAAUUGCGGGAAAGAGUGCCGCUCCACAAGAAUCCCUUACAGGUCGUGCAAGAUCGCCGAGUCGAGCAGCAGCAAGAAGAUGGAGAAGAAGGCGAGCUCGGUUUCCGGCAACAUAUGCUAGCCGGCUCCUUGGCCGGGAUCGUGGAGCACGUCGCGAUGUUUCCAGUGGACACGCUCAAGACGAGAAUCCAAAUGAUCACAAGCCCGUGCGGAGGGUCGGGAGCUACUGCCGCUGCUACAGUUGGAUCGAGCAGCACGAUUUCCAGAUCGCUCGUAAGCUUGCUCAAGCAUGAGGGUCCUCUGGGAUUAUACCGGGGCGUGGGAGCCAUGGUUCUGGGAGCCGGGCCUUCUCACGCGGUCUACUUCGCAGCCUACGAAGAAUGCAAGAGGAGAUUUGAGGUGGAUGGUGGGGGAGGAGGGGGCUACCAUCCAAUCGCUCAUAUGUCCGCUGGAGCUUGCGCCACCAUUGCCAGCGACGCGGUCUCCACUCCAAUGGACGUGGUGAAGCAAAGGCUCCAGCUCAAGAACAGCCCCUACGCCGGACUGGGCGAUUGCGUCAGGAAGAUCGCGAGGAGCGAGGGAUUGAGAGGCUUCUAUGCCUCGUAUAGGACCACGGUGGUGAUGAACGUCCCGUUCACUGGCGUCCACUUUGCUACGUACGAGGCGGCCAAGAAGGCGCUCGGGGAGCUCCAGGGUGGUGGUGGUGGUGUUGGUGGUAUGAGUGAGGAACACCUCGUUACUCACGUCGUCGCUGGUGGAUCCGCGGGAGCUCUCGCCAGCGCUGUCACCACGCCGCUGGAUGUUGUCAAGACCCGGCUCCAGUGCCAGGGAGUUUGUGGCGCCGAGAGAUUCAGCUCCAGCUCGGUGCUAGAAGUAGCGAGGACGAUCGCGUCGCACGAAGGGAUAGGGGCACUGUUUAAAGGGAUGAUGCCCAGGAUUUUGUUCCACACCCCAGCGGCAGCCAUCAGUUGGGCGACUUACGAAGCGGGAAAGUCAUUCUUGCAAAGAUGGAAUGGAUAGAAAAGAAUGUGAAUGUUGUUUUAAUAAUAUAGUAGCAAAUCAAGUAAUCAAUAGCUAUGGUUUUGUUAUUUCUCUAGUUAGGGAAAACGGUUCACUCGUAUAUGGAACUUUCUUUCCGUAAUUCUUCUUUUAUUAUGUAUCAUUUUAUUUAUGCUGCAAAGUCAGUGAUUUAAUCAAA